AUGGUGAUCACCAAGCCAUGCAUGGCCGUUUUGCUAGAAGUUAUUAGCAUAAGCUUGUCCAUUUUUUGCUCAAACGGUGUCAUGGGCUCAUCAUCAUCACCACCACCACCAUCCCAAUUUCCAGCCAUGUUUGUGUUCGGAGACUCCUUGGUUGAUGUUGGAAAUAACAAUUACCUCGACUCUUUGGCAAAGUCUAACUAUUUGCCAUAUGGUAUCGAUUUUGACGGUGGACCAACAGGAAGAUUCUGUAAUGGGAAAACCAUCAUCGAUUUUCUAGGAGAGUUGCUUGGUCUACCUCCUCUUCCAGCCUUUGCAGCUACUUUCUCAACAGCAGGAGACAUUCUUAGUGGAGUAAAUUAUGCUUCAGCAGCAGCAGGAAUUCUUGAAGAUUCAGGCAAAAAUCUAGUAUACUUUAAGCCAGCAGGUGCAGAAUUUUUUGAGCACCUUGAGCCAGUUGAAGAAGCUGAUGGAUGGCAAGGAAUUGAAGCAGCACUACACCGUUUAGGACUUAGAAAGUUCUUGUUGGCAGGAGUCGGGCCUCUAGGCUGCAUACCAAACCAGCUAGCCACUGGUCUUGCCCCACCAGGAGAAUGUUUAACCUUCGUUAAUGAAAUGGUUCAAGUUUUUAAUAUGCAGCUUAAAUCUCUUGUUGAUCAGCUAAACACCAAUCCCACUGAUCACACAGUUUUUGUGUAUGGCAACACUUAUGGAGCAUUCACUCAAAUACUUAACAAUCCUGAUUCUUACGGGUUUGUUGCAACUGAUAGAGGGUGCUGUGGAGUGGGAAAGAAUAGAGGUUUAAUAACUUGCCUUCCUAUCGUAACGCCAUGCUCAAACAGAGACGAAUACAUCUUCUGGGAUGCUUACCAUCCAACUCAAGCUUUUAACAAGAUUGUUGCUCAAAAGGCUUAUGCCGGCCAACCGUCUGAUUGCUACCCAAUCAAUGUCCAACAAAUGGCUGAAAUUUGA